CUUGUGACUCGUGACGGUCGCGCACGAUCGAGACUCUGAUGAGCAGCUGCAAAAGCAGCUGCAGGACUCAUGCCCAUGAUGUCUUGUUGUUUGAUGGUUGCCAGGUUGAGGAUGGCCCUUGCCGCUGCGCACCUCUGAGCUGCCUAGGAACUUGGAACCCACCAGUCUAGGUUUGAAUGAGGCCAGAGAGGAGCGCACGUGGUUUGCGGAAACAGGACAUGAAAAGGCGGGGGCAAGGUGUAUAGGAGAAGGGACUGGCAAGCAAGGAGUACGACCACAGGUUCUUGGAGAAAGAAGAAGGGAGGGGGUCAGCCCCGUAGGUCUCUUUGAUACAGAGACACUUGAACAUGCUUCGGAGUUUGUGAGCCUGUGGUCUGUUUGUUGAGUACGAAGCACGCUAUUGGAUGCAGACCCUGCGAGCUGACGAGAAUGUGACAUAUGCUGAGGUCAUUAUGUAUUGCUAAGGGCAGGCGCAUCGGGAGGACUUCGAGGAGACCGGACAGAGUUGGCUGGUUGCAAUUAGAGGUUUUCACAAGCAAACAGCCAUCAGAAUCUGCUGAGCGGCCACUAGGCGGCCCAAAGCCGGAGCCGGUGCUCUUCUCUCCCACCAGCCUGCCUAGCGCGCAUGCGCAGCGCUUUCUGACAUCAGCGGGCUCUGAAGCUGCCCUCCGGAAAGCGCAACCGCUCGCGGAGCGGAGCUCCCUCGAGAAGAGCCUCGCGGCGGGGCUGGACGUGCGGGACAUGAUCGACGCGCUUGUGGUGGAGCGGUUACGCGAGUUUACAAAUCUAGGGACAUCUGCAGCGCCAGCCACAUGGCCCGCCGGCGGCGGAGCUUCGUCCAGCCACGAGGGGGGCCAUGGGCCGGGGGGAAGCCCCACAAGCGACCAGGAGGGGGGAUCCCUCCGGCCAAGCCACAGGGAGUGGCUGACGAGGCUAGCAGCGGGGCGGGAUACGGAGGGUCCCCCGAAGAAGGAGCCGUCGCGCAGCCGCGAGAGUGAUGCAGAGGAAGGGCGCAAGAAGCGCAGCCGCUCACGCAGCCGAUCGUCGUCGCCGCACGAGGGGCAGGGCGGGCACGAAAGGGUGGGCGGCAACCGCGAGGCGGUGCGCAAGUACCGCGAGAAGAAGAAGGUCGAGUUCGCGAGCAUGCAGAACCAGCUGGCGCAGCUGCACAAGCUGUGCGCCGCGCAGGACGACCAGCUGCGCCACAAGGCGCGCUUGGAGGAGGAGCUGGUGGCCUUGUGGCGGCAGAUCGCGGGGCUGCAGGAGAAGGUGUCGCGGGGGCACAACCUGCUGGUCUCGGAACUCUUUGCGAUCAAGCCGCCACGGUCGCUGACGUGAUGGCGAGCGUGUGUCGACAACAAGCAGUGGUUUUAAAUCGUAUGUGGGACGCGCGGUGUGUUUGCUACUCGCCAGCUUGCAGCGCUGGCGUUUAAAUAGAUUGCUCAAUUGAACUCGGGGAUCGUCAGACGUGCACUGAUGCCAAGUGGUGAGAGGUUGCCUCUCCUGUGUGAGAGGGCGACUUGAGAGUGUUCGCUAAUCCUAUGCACAGAGGGAGUCCAGCGACAGCAAGUUGUUCUGAAAGUACUACGUUACCUAUAGAGUUCAGCAUGUGUAUCAGCCUAAAGCCGCCUAGAUUGGUUAGCUAUACCCAAGUGUACAUUGACUGGGGCUGCGUUGGGUCGUGGUGAACGUUGUUCGCGUAAUUGUUGGUCAGGAAUCUUGGCUCCCCCCGAGGCACGUUUGUGCGGUAUUUUACAUGCCAA